AAAAGUGCGUCAUUUCUAACCGUUGGCAUUUGACAUUGAUUAACUAAUUCGCGAAAUAGUAAAAGGACGCGUUUGGAACAAAGUGUAACAGUUUUCCCAGCCAUAGAAAAAUAUUUUCCUUUAAAAUAGUUAAACAGUUGCAUGUGUUAUUUUUGGACCCUUGAUUACAAAUUUCCACAAGAAUAUGACGGAAUCGGAAGCGUACAUUGACGUGGUCGAGUUGUGCGGGAUACUGCAAUGUUUAGGCUUUCACGUGAAAUCUAUCGACACUAACUGCGAUCAAAAUGCCAAUUCCGUUGCUCGGACCGUUAUUGUCGACUGCCGCACGUCAGGGCUGCACGUGGUGCUGGAGCACGGCAACCUGACGUGCUCGUGCCCCACCGCGGCCAGCCAGCAGCACAGCGGCAUCUGGCAGGUCUCCGCAGUCACGGGCGGGAAGCAACUCGACAAGGAAUUCGGCAGUUCGAUCCUCGGGUCCCUGCCGAAGCCGCACCGCGAGCGCCUCACGGCACAGUUGCAAGACAUCGUGCGAUGCAUCAAGGAGCAUAACGAGGACGUCGACAAACAGAAGGACCCCGCCCCUAACAGGUCGGCGAGCAUGAUUGACAUGAAGACUCCGGAGAAAAGAAACCUGCAGCUGAAAGUGGAGACGCCGACGCGUUACCGCUCGCUGGACACGCUGACGUCGGCGCGGCGCGGCGCCGAGCCGCUGCCCGCGCCCGGCGCGCUGCUCAAGCACAGUGACGAUGACAAGGACGAGGUGCGGACUAAGUGUACCAGACAGAGCACAUACACUUUGGCGUCCACUCCAGACAGCUUGAAACAACGCAAUAAAACAUCGAGUCCAAUUCAAAAACCUUCCAACUCCAUCCUGGAGAGUCUGAUCGCAGCCGAGAAGACGGCUGAAGAGCUGCGCAGCAACCUGUCUAACAUCAUCAAAGAGUUGAUGGAGGACGGACGAUACGAUUCAUCUUCCUCUCUUGCGCUGGAUGUUUCCAAGAUUUCCAUUAUGAAGGUUCCCGAUAAUUCAAAAAUUCAGUUCGCAUCAAGUCCCAACCUAUCAAAUCUUGGAAUGCAAGAAGAAUUGACCAAAAGGCUGAAAGGUGUCGAAAGUGCCUCAACGUCUAACUUGGCGACGAAACCUGCCGCGAAAGAUGCUAAAACUUCAAAAUUCCGAAAACUUUCGCCAAGUCUCUUUAAAUACAGUACCUCACCUAAAGUUGACAAGGAUAAACAAACUAAUAACAAAAACAGCAAAUUAAACAGUUUAUUCAAACCAAGAAUAGUGACUCCAGUGCGGGCCGGUACCCCCACCACGGACGCGAGCCCCAAUCUCAGUGGCUCCAAGAAAAAGUACAGUCACAUCAAAUCUACAAUUCCAAGACCUGCUACUACUAAGAAGGAAUAGUUUGCCAGUUGUCAAAUAUGUACCUACCUAAUAAGCUGUGCUGAUUUGAUUUUGGAAAUAAAGUUAUUGAUAUUUUU